CGGUGGUAGGAAGCAUUUAAUCAAUGGUUACUGGUUCUAAAAUAUUAUUUUAGGUUUUUUGAAAACCCUUUUUACUGAAUGUACUCUAAUGAACAGCACGUUCUUUUAAAUAUUUUUAACUUGGCUCUUCAACGAUGAGUACAAAGAUAGCUUUGAAUAAGUGAUUUGGCUCAAUAAUAAACACGUUUUAUAAUUGUGUAAUAAUUACGUAUGGUCAAUGUUUAUGGAUAAAUUCCAUUAUAAACAUCUGACUGUAUAUUAGAAAAAUACGGUUAAAUCGAAAAAUUGAUAAAGGGUCUAACUGAUCUUUGUAUAUUUCUCACAAUAAGUAAUAAUAGCAGUAAUUAAUCGAGCGUAUAUAUCCGCUUCCAUUUAUCUUCGAAUGAAAUUAUUGACAUUAUCAGUAGACAUCUAUACAUAAUUCACUUGUUACAUUCGAAUAAUUCAUAAAUAAUAAUAUAAAUCAUGAUAUAUUUACACGGAAGUGAAAGUAGUAUUCGAGAAAAGCAAUCAUACUCUGUGACAAAAAUCAAUUAAGGUCCAUAACAGUAAUCAACAGAAACUGAUUUCGCACAAACUGUAAGCAUCAGAAAUCUUCAGCUUCUAAGAUGAUCUAUCUAUUGGUUCUAAAAGAGCCAUACACUACAUGUGAUCAUGUGAGCUUUAAAAUCGCCCAUCUUUUUUAUCUUUCAAAAUUAAAUAUAUGAUCACUCUUUAUAAAAGAAAAGUGGUGAUCAUUAUUCAUUUUCACAAAUGAUUCUGCUAAAUGAUGAUGCUGAUAAAAGAUAAUCAUUAUCUUAUUCGUGAACAAGUGUGAAAAACACAUUUAGAAAAGUAAUGAUUUCCCAACUGUAUGAUAGUAGAUCGUAUAACAUAUCCAUACGUGCUUUGAUAAAGUGCAUCGAUUCCACCGUUGAAUAAAUAUCAAACAGAGAAAAUAUUUUCAGCAAAAUAAAGUCACGUUCACAAAAUGAAACUGAUGGUACAGAUUUAAAACUAACAAUUGGUAGUCAUAUACAUCAGUAUAAAUUUUGUGUAUACAAUUAGUAAAAUACUUUUAAUAUCAAACUGUACACUUCUGCUUAAUAAGUUCUGAAUCUAAAAUUUUCCUUUUGAAACUCACACAUUCUAAUAUAUUAAAUAAUACUUUUGUCCAAAUUUAGCAUCUGAUUUUUUAAAUGAUGGUGGCUCAAAUCAAAGUUAUGGUGAAGUUAAUCAAUUGGGUGGUUUAUUCGUCAACGGAAGACCACUACCAACGCCCAUACGUUUGCAAAUUGUUGAAAUGGCCAAUUUAGGCGUGCGUCCAUGUGAUAUUAGUCGUCAAUUACGCGUUAGUCAUGGAUGUGUUUCUAAAAUUCUAGCAAGAUAUCAUGAAACAGGAUCAGUGCUGCCGGGCGCCAUUGGAGGCAGUAAACCUCGUGUAACUACACCGAGAGUGGUCGCAGAAAUUCGAGAUUAUAAAAUAAAAGAUCCCGGUAUGUUUGCAUGGGAAAUUCGGGAAAAACUUCUAUUAGACAAUGUAUGUGACAAAUUUAAUGUCCCGUCUGUCUCAUCUAUAUCGCGAAUAUUACGAAAUAAAAUUGGACCAUUAUCACAGCCAGUCGAUCUUAAUAUCUCUGAUUCUUCAAGUCCAAAUGGUUAUGUAUCUCCAUCGUGUAAUGCAAUUUCACCACAUAACAGGAAAACGUGUUUGGGUUCGUGUCUAAAAAUUGAACCCGUCUCAUCAUCCUGGACAUCGUAUGACGCCGCUACACAAGCUCGUUAUUUAUAUCCCAUAUGUAAUUUAAGUACAUCACCAUCCACUGUAACAAAUCCCUUUGGUUCAUUAGAAGCAGCCACGAAAGGACAAGCAGCUGUUUUUAGUGGUACACAAAAUUACGGCUCUGAUUCUGUUAGUAGUGCUUUCUCACAACAUCCCAAUUCACCGUACGCAUUUUUUGGCUUCCAUCCAUAUCAAAAUUAUCAUAAUCCUGUUAACCAUUAUUCGCAAUAUUAUAUGCCAAUGACACAACAAGCAUCUUGA